UAUUGACGCUCGGCAACAACCCAGCAGCAUUUCGCGAUAACUAAAAUGAUAGCAAGAGUUACCGGGAUACAAUUCCUCUACCAACUAAUUCUCAAAAAUUAGAAUUUAGGCCGCGAAAUUCACCCUUAUGUGCGAUGUAACAUACAUGUGGAUGCGUUAGUGUACAACGCAAAACAAAUGACUAUAUCGUUUACUCUUAACCUAGCCAAUGCGAAUGACGACGGACCGCAAUUGUGAAUCGACCGUGACGGAGGCAAACAAGCAAUAAGUAAAUGCGUUACGCGGAUAAUAGUUGCGUGGUAAGAAGAGGGAAUAGUUCGGAUUGAGGGAUCAGGGUAAAUACCGCGUCGUAGACAGUUCGGUUUUGCGCUGACUACUUAAUUGAUAGACCUGGACGACGACUCACUGCACGACUUGAGGAAGUUUUCAAUUGUUGAUCGCGCGCUCACAGCUGAUUUGCUUCGCUGAACGUCACAUCAACAUGUCAACAUACCAAGAGAAUCAGUGCCAUUAUGUUCAUCGUAUUAAGCGAGCUGAAGUUUUCGCCUGAGCCUGUUGUCACAGCGUUAAAGUGCAGCAUGUAACGAUUGUCGUCAUCUCGGAACGUUGACAACGAAUUACUGGGUGACCUGUGUAUUCUCUGGGAUCGAAGCGAACGUCCCCGUCCAUCUGCUACAGGAUCCAGGUGUAUAUUAUCAUCAUGGCGACAAUGGAACGGCAAAAAUCUCGGCAGUUCACGGUAAAUGAUUUUCAGAAGCGGAAGAAAGAGCGAAAUCGUAUUCCCAAUUUGCAAACUGUCGUCCCGGAUGCCCCGACCCUGGAAGAAUUUGAAUGUCUACUUGGGGAAUCCCCAACAAAUUAUCCUCGUGUCGAAGGAGUCGAAGAUAUGGAAAGUGAACUGCACGCAGCUGCUAUCGAUACUGAGAUUUAUGAGGGUGUAAAUUCGUGUUCAAGAACUAUUGAGUUGGAUACUGUAACGGAGCAGUACACGUCAGCUGCUCAGGAAUCCAUAGUUAUCGAUCCAGUGGAUACAGUUGAUGGAGAUAUACCAAUUCCAUCUGUAGUUGCCAAUUCGGUGCAUGCACUUGAUCGAGAUGUAACGAUUGCAUCGGCACCAUUGGAAAAUGAUGAAGAGCAACAAGUUGAAGAAUUAAAUUCUGUUGUCUCUGAAAUGCAGCUCCUGGAUGUAUCGCCAACUGCUCCAAUUAUGGACUCGGUGAUACAAGUACUUCCGGCUGAAUCCAAUGCUUCAACAUCUGGCGUAAUAGAGAUUGGAUCAGAGAAGAAAGAUGUCAAAAACAUUGAAAAAGCCUCUACAGAAACACAUGAAGAAGGAACAACUGCCUUGAAAGAGAUUAAACCAUUCACAGACUUACAGUUGGCGGCACUUUACAACAAUAAAGAGUUGGCCUUGGCUGAAACAUUUGUUGCAGAAUUUGUCGAUACUCAGUUACGAAGCUCUGCUAUUAGACAGCAGCAUCGCCUCCACGAACUGCUUGUCAGUUAUUUACGUGUCAGAAAUCACCUGAUAGUCAAUUGUCAGGAACUCAAUACCUUGAAAACGGAUUGUAAAGAAACGCAAAAACAGUUAUGGUGCUUGGACAAAGCUUCCAUUACGGAAUCUGGUGAAUGUCAAGAUGGAAAUCCAGUUAGCGCAACUCACGAGUAUCUUGUUGCUCAUUUUAAUCAGCAAACAUUAGCUGCUUUGUCUCGAAAUUUGUCAAGCAUCAAAGACUUACUGCACAAUACUCAAGCCCUGCAUUGCUACGAGGCUGAACUACUCAGGCUGCAAUUAGAGAACUAUAUUCAAAGAGUGUGCACCUUGUGUAAGGAUUUUGGAAAUCUUCCCCAUAAUGCGUCAGUGAGCCUCAAGCAAGGCCAAAUACCAUCACGCAUAAUACCUCAAAUGUGCGAGCUCAGGACAUGCAUUGGAAUAUUAUUUAACUUUCAACGCAGAGUUUUAAAAGACACGAAAUUUAUAUCUGAUACGCGAGACUGGCUGUCCCGCUUAGUAGCUGUUCUUUUGAGGGUUGCUACUUGGCAGGACCACUUAUUUUUAUUGAACCAUAUAUUGAGAUGCCCUGGCGGCAUUUCUAAUUGGGCAAUUGGAUUUGUUCAAACACCUGUCCAAUACUAUCCUGCGGGGCAGAGUACUUCACCCCUGAACGAUCCACAUAUCGAGCACAUUGUUACUGUGAUUGCUACUAUUAUGUUGCCAGUUAAGGAACGGGACAAAUUUUUGGAGAAGGUUCAAAUAUCUCUCCAGGAUGCAGGAAGUACUGCAGCUGAUACUGUGUGGGUAAUGUUGGAUGAAGAAGGGGAAGAAGAUGAAGAUAUUAGAAAUGUCGGAGCAAACCUUGGGGAAAGUGACUUGAUUGCUAUGCUUCAUCAGAUUCCUUUUGACAAGCUUUUCAAACUGAUUCUAUUCAUCAAUCAGGAGGGCAAUAAUUACAGUCAAGAAAAAAGUCUUGUCACUGAGCACCAUAUGCUGCGGAUUUUUGCCUUUUCCUCGAUACUGGUCAGACUGCUCAGGCAAGGCUUGAAAACCUACGAUUCUCCAAGAUACAGACAACUUGCUAAGAGAUUGAGCGCUCUCAUUCGAGAUAUGGUGCAAUAUGCUAGUGAUCAAUGGGAGGCAUUUGAUAGAACUCAGGUGGCUGACCAGUCAAUGCUCAGUAGACUGCAAACAGAGUAUGACAGUUUCUUUCUAAAAGCAAGUCAAUGCAUAUUUUCAUCACGGAGACUGGGUGCAUGGCAAUACCUGGCUGCAAUUCCUUACCACAUUGUAUCCUCUGCGACAUUAUGGUAUAUUUUUUACAUGUUACACAUCACUGACUCGGCUGCUGCUAUUUCACCAUCUACAAAAAUGAGUGAAAACGAAUGGGAAGCCGAAUUAAAUUCACCAAAACUUAGAAAACAAUUCGAGGAGAAGCUCUGCGAAAUGCCAGGGGACGAAUCCUAUUUUUUGCUUACAACUUUUGCCAAUAUGGCUAUGGCGAGACAUGAUGACGAUUAUCAGUUUGUUCAAGUUGCUACUAUCGAUUUAUUUCAAAUUGGAUUCCUCAGUGAAAAAACUCAAGAAUCGUGUUCAAAAGAUGCUCGGUCGUUGCUGUCAAAUUUGACAAGCAAGUAUCCUUCGCUUCUUUCCGAUCUUCUGAAAAAAUUGAAAGACAAUUUCGUUUUGAUCGGAAAGCUCAGUUUAUAUCUCUUCAUGGAACUACGAAUUGGAAGAUGGAUUCCCGAAGAAGAGGAUUUUACUAUUCUGUCCUGCUGGUUGCAUCAGCAUCCCUUAAAUUCUACUGAAAAUCAUCUUGCUCGUUUGAUACUUUCUCACCUCAACUGGGGACUUGAUAGCAAAGGCCAAUUAUGCCUUGGAAUUCAUUUACACCGUCGUGUAGCACUUCUUGUAGUUGAACUUACAAUGAAGUACGUUCCAGAUACUCCUGCACAAACAGCUUCCCUUCUGGCCGAAGGUGUCAAGCAAGUAUCAUCUAUGGUCAGACCGCAGAGUAGUGAACAUGCCUUUUCCUUAUGGGCAUGGGAAAUGAUUACAAAAUUGAGAUUACAUCAGCUCGAUAGGUCGGAGAGUACAGCCCGGCAUACAAUAUCAAAUCCAAGUACUUACCUAGCUCAAGUUCCGGAUAUUGACGCUGAUCCGUCACUGGAGAUUCUCGCGAUUGGUGUCAGAGAAAAACAACCAAUUGCUUGUUAUGUGGCUGUGCUAAUGACAACCUGGGGUCAUUCUAUUCCAUUGAUUUUAUUGAAAGGAUUUAACCAGCUACAAAUACUACAGUGUUACUACAAAUAUGAACAAGUUCUCAUUUCGCUUCAUCAUAUAGUUCCAUUAUUUCUUGAAUGUAUCGACUCAUUGAUCAAAACUGAAAAGUUUUCAAAUCUGGUCACAUCUUUAAUUACUGCGGACAGAACGUACAUGAAGAUGGCCAAGAACUUGAUUGUCUCGGAUUUUCCUGGUCCGGUACUGAAGCUAUUUGCUAACAUGAUACAAACCCAAUUGGAAGAUUAUCGCAGGUAUUGUUUGGAAAGUCCUCAAGUACUUGUUUACCUCUGGCUGAGAGUGCUAGCAUUGAUACCAGAUUGGAACCGAGAUCAGAGUGUCAUGUAUUUGAUGGAUAUAGUUAUUAGAGCUGCAUAUUUUCAUUUGAAUGCCAGAGCAGAGACUGAGACCAUCUUCCACAAUUUUUUCGCACUAGCCAUUGAGGGAGGCGCAGAGAACUUGGCAUCAGGAAAGAAUUCAGGCUCAUUCGGAUCAUUCCUGAGUUGGGCUACAGGUUCCUCCACAUUACCCAGUCUUCUCGGAGGACCUGUACAAUCUGUGUGGUUGGCUCACCGAAUUCUUACAACGGAACAAGAAGACAGAGAGAGAAAAACUGGCCUCUGGCACGAAGUACUACGGGAAUUAGCCAUGCAGGGGAAAACAUCUGUAGACACUGCUCUUAAGAAAGCCUGUGCCACUGUGAAAAUACAACCAUUUGGAGCAAGCGGUUUGGCUAUAUAUCGAUGGUCCCAUCAAGCGCUAGAUACUCCUAUGGACCACCCACUCUUGGCGCUUCUGUGGCAAAACUUCUUCACCUUGUUUUUAGCCAGAGUUCCUACAGUUACUGGCACUUUGGACAAAGGCGGUGUUGGUGAGAAAUUUUUUGAAGGCAUGAUCAACUUAAGUUACUUCAAAAAGCUGAAGAAACGCCUUCAUGAUACAACCGAAUACUUUCAAGUGAAAGGGGAAAGUGAUUUGGACAACGGGUCGCCAAUAACUGAGGAAAGAAGAGUGUUUUAUUUCAAUGCUGCCAAGUUUUAUAAAACACUAAGCUUAUGGCUUGAAGAACCACGAUUACAAGAAUCUGGAUUGUAUCUUCCUGCAUUACCGCUGCAGUAUAUGUCACAAAAGUUGGCAUUGUUAUUGCAAGGAAAUCAGGAACCGUGGUUGGAAUAUGUCGACUAUCAAUCUGUCAGAAAAAGUCAAUUGAAGGCAGUUGCGGAAUGGCAAGCCUGUAGUCUAAGAAACCCAGAAAGUCAGUCGCUAAAGACAAAUCAGACACCAACGACACCUUUGGAGCCGUUGGAUCCUCUGCAGAGGAUAUUUCGGAGAAUAACCACUUAUGAGCAACCAAUUCCGCCACCUUCGCUAAGCAAAAACAACGCAUUUCUGCCUUACGUAUCAAAGGAAAGUCUGUAUAAGCCUGACGGCAUUUUGAACUUGUUGAAACCGCAUCUCAAAGCAAUAAUAGAAUAUGCCCAGACAUAUAAUCUCAUGCUUGAUGAACAUACAGCGAUAGACUGCAAUUUCUUGGAACUAGUUCCAACACUCUACAGAGACGUUGAGAGCCGAGUUACGCUUCACGCUCUGUGUGAUCCUUCGCCUUCUGGACAAAGACGUUCUAGAUCCGGCACACCGCCUAUCGUUCAUUGUGCUGGAGCUGCAGUUAUUAGAAUAAAGAUUUCAGAAGCUCGAGUCAGCGACGGUGUCGACCAUAUGAUUAGUCAAAAUAGAGCUGAGUAUGAACAAUUAUUGGUUCGAGCCAGUCAACCUCCGCCUGCAAAGGUUUCUCAAGCCUGUGUCUUCGUUGAUUACCUGAUUAUGCUUCUGGAACAUGAAUUAACUAUCAGCCGGACCAGCGAGAACUCGACUGUUUUAAGCAAUGUACAAGAGACUGGGGUCAAAUUAUUUUACCAUCUGGUUGAUUUUUACACGGAAGAGGCUGCUCUUUGCCCACCGACUAAGCAGUUUAUCACAACAUAUCUAGAAAAAUUGGGCCAGUUAUUCAUCAGCGGAGAGGAAGGUCAGGGACAACCAUUAUUGAAAACGAUAAUGCAACGACCAGGAUUAGGAGGCUUACUGGGGCCCCAUUUUACACCAGUAGCUGGAGGCGCGUCAACUUUCUUGCCUAUGUAUCAAACUGUUGUUGACUUAGCUACUGGGCCAAACGCCGACCUGUGUUUCGUUUUACUCUCCAAGUUUGACGUCGGAAGCUGGCUAAAUUAUAGACGACCCAGACUCAGCGAGAGAUCCACGUUCAUUGAUCUGGUGUCCAAAGCCCUGUGCAAUGCUGGAUUAACCCCCGAAGACGAAAAACUUAUAUUACACGAGCUUUUCCGUAAUCAUCUUCGACUCGUACUCCUCCACGAGUUUCCUGAGCAUUAUGGCGAGGUUUUAAGUGCAAUAUUAAGAGGCAGCGAGUCACAGAGCCUAUCAUUGGAUGUUUGGCGAGACUUACUAACUGCCCUUAGUGGAAGAUCGAAAUCCCAGGCUCCUGUACAACCGAUAAAAGUCAGAGAUGAAAUUCGACGUUAUGCUACGGAACAGAGAUUGCUCUCGCGACAAGAGAUGCAGGAUACCGCUGUUCUUCUGAGCAAACAUUUUAUGAAAGAACGAUUGCAGUACGGAUUAUAUGGAUUGUAUCCCAAAUAUCGAGUAUACAAUGAACCAAUCGCCACGUUUCUUGGUAUGGUUGGACAUGCUCUCGUCGUGCUGACUCUUCAUUCUGACAAAGGAACAUUAGCCGAUCAAUUAUGCGAGCGGAUAUGGCCAGUUUUGGGGGACAUGUUUGCACCAUGGAUUAUACCAUAUUGGACGAGGCAUCUGCGCGAGCCAACAGCAGCUUGGAUUCAGCAAUUGACAGACGACAGAUCAGUUUUACUGCCAUGGAUAAUAGCUGAUGGACCAUAUGCAAACAGAACUGUUGCGAUGUUUGUCGAGUGUAUAAGAUUCAUCAUCGAUACUAUGCCUGCAUCAAGCAAAAUUCUCUGUUUUCUAUGGCAAUUUUAUGUGACAAAUUUUGCUCAUACCUCGGUCAAAGAUCAUAUCUUGAACGUUAUUCACGGCAAUUUUCUAUCACUGCCUUGGGACAGAUUCAGUCCUGGUAUAGGGGAUAUCGAAUUGAUGGUUAAAGUCGUUGAUCAGUAUUUGCCAGAUAGUCACUUGUUCCUGGGAAGCGUGUUCACUAGUGUUAAUUGGCAAGUCUGGGCGAAUGAAAUACUAUCUGUUCAACCGCUGCCGGUCGCUUCCAGAAUGCAUAUAUGCUUGCUAAACCUGCUCGUUAAACUUUCAAAUGAACCAAAUGUUAGACAGAAUGAAAAAGCUGUACAAAUAGUUCUGACUGCAGAAAAGUUUGCCUGGCAUUUGGUAGAUGCUGCUGCGUAUGAUCAGGUGAUUAAUUGGUAUGUUAUGAGCUGUGAUCCCAGAGUAAUACUUUGCCUCGAUUCCAAUCAAAUUUAUUCGAUCGAUGGAGCUAUCAACAAUUUGUUGAAAAUUGCCGCUGCAUACGAUCCCAAUGUGACUCAUUUUCAUCCUACGACAUUGAAAAAGAGACAAAUGUACGUUCGGUCUUCAGUUAAAUUAUUGGUAAAUUGCACAACUCGUCACAAGACACUUCUGACGAGUGAUCCCAAAGCAUUUACCGAUGCAUUGUCCAAGAUGUUGGAUGACAUGGAGUCUGUUAUUACGAAUACCGUAUCGCAACCUCAACAAGCUGCAGAAGCUGGUUUGUUAGUCACCGAAUUGCUCCAUUCUAUAAAUCAAAGUGGUCCGCUAGUCGAGCAACUGCGCACCAGCUGGGCCUCGUGGCUUUCCAAUAGAACAUCCAGUAGCCCAACGCUCAUGGGUAUUCUGCGAGUAAUAGGGAUAGCAGUCGCGUCGCCAUCCGCUCUUGGAGAACUAAUGGAAGCUGCUCUUGAUGCUUACUUCAAGCAUAAUGAUUUAGUUGCCGACGAGGCGUUACCAACUUGGGGUUGGGUACUGACGGUUUUGCAGCCUGUAAUACCGCGUCAACCGCCAGUCGAGGGAGUUUUGGUGGCCGAAGGUCGUAUCUUGACACUAUAUGCGCUUUUACUUAAAAGACUGCCCUCUUGCAGAAAUAUCAAAGAGGAAGGGCUGUUACUGGUCAAUUUGAUCGAUUGGAUUUCUACCAUCAAGCCGACAGAGUUCAUAGAGGAAAAGUUACCGUUAUUGUGGGGUAAGGCGCUGGAACUAGCGUAUAGACAAUGUCAGUAUAGUGAAAACACAGUGAUUGCUGCCAGAGCAUUGAAAGGUUUGGCUCGCGCUUUACUCCUUACUGCAGACGAUGUGGGACAAGGUUGGGGAAUUCUAGGAGCUAUCGGCUUGAGAAAAGGAUCUCAGUUAUCUAUAAGAUGUAAAUUUCUAAGCAGAACACUCGGUGUGUACUGUUUGGCGCAACUGCCUGAAUCGAAAUCGGAGCACCAAAUAGUACGCUUUACACCUCACUCUCCGGGAGUUGCACCGUCAAGAUCCAGUGACUCUGAUUUCCAAGAUGUAAAGCCAAAUACUGAGGCCAUUAAAGCCAUGCAAACGUUAGAGGCUUUAGUUACAAACAAACAUUAUGCCGAACUCAAAGGUGAUGUUGAACAAGUCAUCCGACUUAUUAGAGACUCGGGAAAUUCACUUCACAAUGCCGUUGCUGUUGUUGGCACGCUCACUGCAGAGCUUUAUAAUCAACGAUAUUUGCACGUUUUAAUUGAGUAGAUAUGACGGUGUUCACGUGAAAAUAGUCAAACUUUGAGCAGCUAAGCAAUUCUGUAUCUAUUGUCAACAUGGAGAUUCAGAGCACAGCUUGAGAAUAAGCUACGAAUCAACAAAUUACAGUAUUCAUGUAACUUGGAAUUAUGUUUGGAAAACGGAAUUUUAUUUGCAUCAGGUGAUUGAUUGUGGAGAACUAACUUAUAACGGAACCAACAAAAUGAAUGGGAGUGUCAAUUCCAAAUGAAAUAUUCUGUUUCUGAUGGAAAUAUUCAUGGUUUGCUCAGAAAAUAUAACAAAAAACAACUUCGUUGCCAUUCGCGCUAAUUAGCAUACAUUGCGAUUGUAACAUUUUUAUUCUUUAAAUCAAUCAUGUUCCUUCAGAAUCUUGUAUAAAUCGUUGGAACGCAGGUUUUUUGAAAGGAAUUCCAAAAUGAAAGAAACAAAUAUUUUGAAACACAUUUCUCAGCUGUAUAAACCCUCUGAAAAUCCAUGUUUCAUGGUUUAUAUAAGACCUUAAGAGUACUUGAGCACUAAAAUACAACUUUUUUUGCUCAAAAUUAAGUAAGUAAAGUUCUCUAGUCAUCGAAUGCCUAAAAAAUUAGAGCUCAAUUUACAGUACAUGCCAUGCAAGCGAUUACGGAUAGUAAAAAGAGUUAGAGUCAAAUUGGCACUGUAUUUCGUAGGUUUCAAAUUUUAGCAUCUUCAUAUUCGACAAAUAUUGCUCUUACGGAAAAUUACUACUGGAGUAUUGAAGUACUAGAGUAUGCACUAAUAAUGAAAAAUACUUGUGGAUACUUCAUUUUUCGAUUGAAUCAUUCAAUUCUGGUUCGACUAUUAUCAACAAAGCGCGUUAUUAAACUUCACACAUAACUCCAAAAAUUGAUUAAUACUGUCGUAAGAAACGAUAUUACUGAGAAUACUUCAUAUUACUAGAUCGGUAGUAAUUUUACUUCGACGAAAUUUCUAUAAUAAUUUUGUCAUUUAUGUCUCAAAUCUAGUCGUUACAAAAUUAUAAUACUAUUCUGAUGCAGAGAUGGCGUUAGUAUGUUAAAAUGACUGCGUGUUUGUUAUCUCAUCAACUGUUGCCCAAAAAUGAUCCCCGGAAGUUUGAAAUAUGAGCAAAAAAAAAGUUUCACGUUUACCUGUUGUCAUGAAAAAACAUAGUUUUGUAUUGGGUAAAUUAGACAUUAUUACUGUAAAUAGAUAAAUUUACUAAAUAGAUCUAUACAUUCAAGCAUAUAGGUGAAAUUUCUGCAGCUUGUAUUGUGUUACAUGAGUCGUCUAUAGUGAGCCACAUGCAGUGAUAACUGAAAAUUUUAAAUUUCGACAAGUGUAUAAAUUUUAUAUAAUUAUAUCAAAUAGUAUAAGUUUUAAAUCGUUUCAUAUAUGUUUAUAUAGGUAUUCUAUUGUUAAAUUUGAAAUAUCUUAAAUAUUUGUAUUAUACUUGUUAUCAAAUUUAACGAUGAUUACAUUCAAAUAUGAAGAUAUGAAAUCUGUUUGCAUAGUGAAUUCAUUUGACAUCGAUACCUCUGUAUUGGUGAUUUCUUCGAACUUAUAUUAGUUUAUAUACAAACCCAAGUAACAUUCCUACUUAUACAUUAAUGCCGACAUGAGUAUUCAAAAUUCAAACUUCCUGAAAACCAAGAAUAUCUCGUGUCAAACUGUAUCAAAUUUCCAAACAUUAGUUUCUGCGAUAUGAAAAGCCUCCCGAAAUGUAGGGUUUUUUAGAUUAAGUCUUAGAGUUGCCUCACAGCAUGUGACGGUUUCCACUUCAAACACCGUGUGAGGAAUCCAAUUUAUUCAAGUUUCUGCUACGAAUUUUUAAAACAAUUGCAAGUACACCAUCGUAUGGAUUAUAGAUGUAAUCGUACAGAUGAUUAAAUCGUGUCUAAAAAUUUUCAAGCUUUUUUUACGUUGGAGCAAUUAGAAUCUAGGCAUUAGCAGCAUCAGGACUUUCUGUACCUUUUCUUCAAAAUGGCAGACUGAAACCAACCUUAUGUGGUCUGCACAAGCAAAUAUGUUAUUAUUUAAAUCAAAAUGAAGCCAGUCCAACUCUCGAACUAUACAAAAUUACUCUGAAAAACUCCGGAAACAAACUGGGAUGAUUAUCCUUUUUUGUACGUUAUUGAAACCUUUGCGGUACAGCGUCUAUUAUUUGAGACACUCUUUUUAAAUCGAUUAUUUAAGACUUAUAUUCAAUUUUUGAGAUAUCAGAGUCAUUUUUUGUACAUAAUUGGGCUUGUACAAUGUCAAUCUUCAUGUUUUAAAAGGGAUUAUGAUGCUUCCGGGAAUAUCGUGAGCGCCAAAAAUAAACAGUGUUGAAAAUGCCUGCUUUUACAGAAUAAAUGUAAUUGUGGGAAGAUUAUGGGGACUAGAAAAGUGGAACUCUGUAAUCUUGGGUUCGCUAAAAACGACUCCAACGUUAAAAUUUCAAGAUUUUAAAUAGCGGAUCCAGUAUGGCGUACUGAAAAUAUAAAAAUUGAUCCUGUUCGCUCAUAUAAUAUCCACCAUUUUGAAUAUUAAAAAUGUCUCGGAUCUCAUCCCUUUUUUCUGACAUUGCAUCUGAUCCCGGAAAAGAGUCACAGGCUUUGACGUACUUCCUACACAUGAACCGAAAACUUUAUCCUUCUAGAAAGAUUUUUAGUUUUACAAAAGCUAACGUCUAUACGUGGUUGAAAAAAAAAAACAUAUUUUUAAGAUAAGCUAAACCUACCUGAGUAAUGUCUUGCAUUUCAAGAAAUUAUUUUCAUACUUUUCUGGAUUCAAUAUUGAAAACAGUUCAAGACCACUUUAUCAAGGUCUUUUAAUCCAGCAGUUUGAUCACGAAGAAAGAUCAGACGGAUAGUCACC